AUGGCCGACGUCCCACGUCGAAAGGCAAUGCCGGCCGGCUACCAAGCCGCUCCCCAGCCGUCAAACAUCUACGGACAUAGUCGCACUCGGACGACUUCCUCAAAUACCUUUCCUGCAAUCCUACAACCCCACCAUGCUCAACAACACUACCCGAGCAACUUACAAAUCAACGCCUACACCUCCCGCCGAACACCCUCUACAAAUACCUUCUCUACCACCGCCAGUAGCGGCAAUGGGCCGGUCGGCCAACGGCCAGUAUCCCAGGACCUACGACGGUCAACGUCCUCCAGGUCCGGUGGCUCGCCAUCCACGAGCUAUGUCGCUCUGAUGCGGAAGCAGAAAGCGACCGUGUGGUGCGAUCGAAGCCAACAUGAAGACCCACGGCUGGUCGCUGCACAGCGGCAGGCGAAGAUCCGAGCUACAAUGGAAGUAAGUGGAGGCGGUGGCCAAGCACGGCUGUCAACAACCGGGUCUGGAAACUUUGCUGCCAGUAAGGGGGUCACCGCGAAGAUACGGCAUCACGGGAAGUCGGGAUUGGUGGGAUACUCCCCCGGGGAUCUGGCUGGUGGUGUCGCGGGCGUGCCCAUGCGGCUGAGUGCAACUGAAGUCGAGGGCGAAGACAGCGACGACGACUCCCCUGGCGGGACAAUGCAAUCCGGCGGAUACCAUCGUCGGACUGGCAGUGGUCGCAGUAGUGUCGGAAGCGGUGGUAGGAGAGGCCUCACGUAUUCCCGACAAUCCGGUUCUAGUUCAAUUGGAGGGAAAUGGAGCUCCGGCAACACGCCCCCAGGGGAAAGGCAGAACUCCCUCGGCGACCUGGCUGAAGCGGACACUCCUGCUCCCGCUCCUGCUGCAAACCGGCAUCGCAACCACUACUUCGGUGGAGAUGGAACUGUCGAUAGGACCCAGAGUGUGGGGAGUGGCAGCAGUGGCGAACGGGCUGACAACGUCCCCGACCUGGGUGCCGAUGAUGCCGCAAGACUUGCCAGCAACAGCCUAAUGAAGUCUACCAUCACGCGGGAGAAGAGCACGAAAAACCCAGACGAGCUAAGAAGAAGAGGGAGCGUGGAUGAGCGGACGAUGACCAUGAGCGCCGGCCGGUUAUAUGUUGCGAAUCCGGAUACGGAUAGCGACUGA